CAGCUAUCCCGACUAUCUAGAUCUUGUACUUAUCUGUUGUUUUCUCUCUUCUUCCUUCCCCCCCCCAACUAUUUAUACUCUUUUCUGUUGGACCUAAGUCACAUGACUCAACACCCUGCCGGCACCCCCACGUAGGCUAGUUUGAAUCUGACCAACCUUCUGCUUCUACAUUUUCCAUCCCGAUUGCUUUUCAACUUCGCCCCCCUCCUUCAGCCCCUCCAUCUUCUGUCUUCUGUCUUCUGUCUGCAUCGAAGUCUCAUCUACCCAGCCCACCAACAAUCAACUCAUAAGCUCUUGCAUACAACCCCUCACAUCUGCUCGCAAUCAUGUCUGGCAACGACUCCGGAAAGGGCUACUCCUACACCAGCUCCGGCACCAACAGCCAGGGCAACCACUACUGCUCCCGCGACUACGGCAGCGGUGCCUCCAACUCCAACUCCUAUCACUACUCGAACAGGUCAGACCCUCUCCUUCUUUCCGGGAGAGCCAUCAACUAAAACAGAGUCCCGCAUCCAG